AAUAGCUGUUGUCUAUGAAUGUCUUGAAAACCCAGUUCAUGGAUUUUUUUUUCAUCAUUUCGUUUUAUUUUUUGGGUGGAGGCGGAGGGGAUAGAAGUUACGUCUUUUGAGUUUUUCCCCUUUCCUAUAUUUGAUUAAAAUGGGUUUAAAUGGAGAAAUUCAUAUUAAAUUUGAUAUUGAGUUGUUGUUGUUGAUGUUGUUGUCAACUUUUUCUUGGAUAAAUUUUAUGGCAGGAACAUAUUCGAUGCUUUUUCUUGUAUGCGUUUGGAUGUUUUUUAUCCUAUGUUGACGUUCUUUCUUUACAUGGGUGACCCUAUUUUCUCUUUUAGCUUUGUUAUUCCUAAUUUCUAUUUAUAUGCUACUAGUUCUGCGUCCUUCCUCAUAGAAGCAUUUUAAGUGAAACUAGAAAGGGGUUGAUUCAUAAAAUGGUGGACGAAUUGAAGCAAGGAGAAAAUUUAUGGAUGGACACUACUGAGCAGUCGGAUAGAGUAUUUGAUGUUGAUAAUAAUGUUACAUUGAUGUCUGAAUCAGUAAUCAUAACUGAUGGGGCAGAACCAUUACAUCCUCAGCAGCCUCCACCUCAGGGUCCUAGCCCCUCCUCGGAUGGCCAAUUGGGCUUUGCUGAACGAGCCGUCUCAGCUGCUGGUGCAGCAUUUCUCUCUGCAGUCCUUGUUAAUCCACUUGAUGUUGUCAAGACUAGAUUGCAAGCACAGGCAGCUGGAGUUGCUUAUUCGCAUCCAAUGAGUAACAUGACUAGCCGCAUGGCAGUGUUUGGACCAAAUAUGAUGUUUGCAGAUCUGAGGUGUUCACCUUCAUGUACCCGAGCUGGUGUUCAUGGUACAGUAUCAAUCUGCCCGCCUGAUUGUUUCCAGUACAAAGGAGCACUUGAUGUCUUCUACAAAAUUAUUCGGCAGGAGGGUAUUUCUAGGCUAUGGAGAGGUACAAAUGCUGGUCUAGCACUGGCUGUGCCAACAGUCGGAAUUUACUUGCCUUUCUAUGACAUUUUUCGCAACAAGUUUGAGGAGUUCACAGCUCAACAUGCCCCAAGCUUGACACCAUAUGCUCCUUUAUUAGCUGGUUCUCUGGCACGAUCUUUAGCUUGCACAAGUUGCUAUCCUAUUGAACUUGCCAAGACACGAAUGCAGGCAUUUAAGGAUAUGAACAAGAAGCCUGCUGGAGUAUGGAAGACUUUGUUUGAGGUUAUUGCCAAUGUCAGGAGCACAACUGGUACCAACUCUGGCUUACAAAGCUAUCGUGUACUUUGGACUGGACUUGGGGCACAGCUUGCUCGUGACGUCCCUUUUUCUGCAAUUUGUUGGUCAACACUUGAACCGGUAAGAAGGCGUCUUCUUAGUCAGAUGGGAGAUGAAGCUAAUGCUGCCGGUGUCCUAGGUGCAAACUUUUCUGCUGGUUUUGUUGCAGGAAGCAUUGCUGCUGCUGCAACAUGUCCCCUUGAUGUUGCUAAGACUAGAAGACAGAUUGAGAGAGACCCUGCCAGGGCGUUGACAAUGACGACAAGGCGAACUCUACUUGAGAUUUGGAGGGAUGGAGGGCUCAAAGGACUGUUUACUGGAGUAGGUCCUCGUGUUGGUCGUGCUGGCCCUUCAGUUGGAAUUGUGGUUUCGUUUUAUGAAGUUGUCAAAUAUAUGUUACACCACCAAUAUGCUUCUUCAUAGGGAGCAUAGUCAGGUUAAUUAGGUUUCUUCUUUCCAACGUCUCGGAUCGGGCAAUGGUCACUGGCCAUAGUUGAUUUGGGCCAUAAUGGGACUCUGGAACUCUAAUGUGGAUAUGGUAGCACGCAAAGGAGCAGUUUUGACCAUGGUAGAUUACCCUCACAGGUUAGCUUGUAGAAAAUAAUCCCACUCUUCUUUGCUUUCCAGCCUAUUUUGGUUGGUUUUUCGGUAGAAUUGACUUUGGACUAAGCAGAGAUUUUGAUAUACUUUGGUUGCAUCAAUGAGCAAUUUUUCCUGAGA